UGCUUCUUGUGAAGAUACCGUGUUUGAUAAAUCUACAAAAUCUUCGCCAAAAUGCAACGUCAUCGUGACUGACGAUGUACGUCAGUGUUCGUUACAUCAGCAGCACCGGCUUUUUCCUGUCAAAAGUGCCUGAGAAUCGCAAAGCGAGCUUGUGAGAAGAGUAACUUUUGGUGAACGGUACCGAAUCACAAAUCAAAGUUGUUUUAAAGAACAAAUCGUUUUGUGACUAUAAAAAGCAAUCAUGUCGACGAGUGAUGCUGUAGUUCCAGUCUACACUGAGGAUACCCAUUCCUCUAAGUUUCUAAAGAAAGCAAAGGAGUCUCCUUUUGUUCCAGCAGGAAUGGCAGGAUUCUUUGGAAUCGUGGGCUAUGGGCUUUAUAAGAUGAAGACUCGGGGGAAUACUAAAAUGUCUGUUCAUCUCAUCCACAUGCGUGUCGGAGCUCAGGGGUUUGUUGUGGGAGCAAUGACUUUAGGAGUUAUUUACUCGAUGUACAAGGAAUAUAUUGUGAAACCACGUGAGCAAAAAAAUGCAGUGCACCUUAAGUGAAACUUUUGACUCCUUUUUCGCACUAUGGGCUUUUCAUGUUCAUUUGAAUAUGUUUUGUAUUAGAGAGUUAUUUUCAUGUUUUCUAAAAUGAAUAUAUAGGUCGCACCCAAAUUUAAUGUAAGGUGUAUAAAAGACUACCACCUACAAUCUGCAGUCAUUUAGCUUGUUGCAUCUAGCACAGGGAUGCUUAAAGUUCACUCCCAGAGGACAGUCUCCUGGUGCUUGUAUACAUCUCAUUUACAUUUACCCAUUACUAAACGAAGUCCAGGGAAAGAUGGUACUUUUGUUCAUUUUGACCAAGUAAGUUAGUUUAGUUCAAUUAAAUGCUUAUGAACUUGUGAAUGUACGAACGAGAUCAAGAACUCAAGGACAGAAUUUUUGGCAUCCCUGAUCUUGAACAAUGUUGUCUUGAGUAAGUAGACCACAUAUAUUGGACUCAAGUGCAAAAUAGCAUUUCAGUGUCUUCAAUCCAAAAGUAUGAAAAUGUGGUACUGUUCCUAAUAUUCUAAAUCCACAUUGUAUCUUGCUACUUUCCCUUAAUGUGUAUUGUGUAAUAGCAUACCAGAUGUUAAUUUUAUUACAAAGUAUGUACACUUUGUAAAAUAUAUAUAUAUGUGUGUGUGCUUUUACAUGUACAUAAUUUUAUCAAACAACUCCUCUGAAAUGUGCACAUCCUAUUUUACGUCAUUGUAAUAUGUUUUGGGACCAGCCUUCACCCUCCUCACUGGGCUUUGAUUAUCUAAAUGAUAAUAUGUCAUUUUUUUACUCUUGGAGACCUGCAUCUUGUGAAGUUACUGACACUUUCAUGCAUUCAUUUCAGUUUAACAAAACAUCAGUUGCAAACGUAAAAAUCAAGCAAGAGAAAUCUUAAAUGUAAUACUGUACCGAUUAAGUGCCAGAACACCUACUGUUAAUAUACUGCCUGUGAAAUUGAGAGUUAUGAAAAAGACACAAGCAUUCUUUAACAUUUAAGUGUGGAAAAGGGCUUAAAAAGGCUCUAACAAGUGUAUACUGAUAUUUGCAGAGUGUAAAGGUAUUUUUAUAAGUUAAGAUUUAAACUAUUUAAGUUAAUUUUACUAAGUUACCUUAAAUGUAUCUUGAAUAAAUAUGUCUUUUUAAUCUUU